AUGGCGGAAGAGACCUGUGCAACCGACUCGGGGGAGAAGGUGCUUCAGCGACUUGCGGAGCGGUACUACGAAGCGUACAGGCGAGGCCGCGGCGGUGAUAGCGCGCCAACGGUGGAGGUGUCGCUGAUGCACAUGAUGGCGGUCAUGGGGGAGCUAUCUGCUCUGGCCUUCACGUCUUCGUCAAGCAUGUCGCCUUUUGAAAAGGAUGAGGUAUCGGCGCUGAUCGGAAAGCUGAGCAUCUCCGUGGCGAUGAUCGCUGAGGCUUUUCACCUGAAUGUGGGGCAUUCCAUCCUGCAGUAUCUUGAAGAGGAGCUCUGCACUACUCGGCUGUCGCAGUGUAGUGCGGACAAGAACGACUGCGAAACGACGGCAACGCUGCCGGGCGGUAGCGCCGUUAUGGCCCCGCCGCCGGGCUCACCGGUGUCGGCCCCUGACGCUCGCUCCCCACAGCCGCCGCCAACAGCAACGAAGCGCGAGGACUCGGUUGUGCUCAGCCAGAGACCGAACGAUGCCUUCUUCAGACACAUCGACGAACUCGCAAUGCUGCCGCGAGAGUCUUUCGAGAAGGCCGGCCUAAGGUGGGUGGUGACGCUGCCCAACGGUGCGAUUGAAGAGCUGAUCCCGAACGGGCGUUGGAUGAAAGUACGGUACGAAGAAUUUCCGCACUACCUAGCGCAUAUUGCUCGGUACCGCGAACCCUGUAGGAGUCAGCGGCAGUUGUUGCCUCCCUCUUCUCACUCCACUGGUGUGGUUAGGAGGCAGGCGUACAAGGAUCGCACUGCCGCGUACCCGACUAACCAGGCCGCUGCCGACUCUGCUGGGACGUUCGGCAUUCCUGCUAUUCUCGCUCAGGCUCCAGGCUAUGACCCUGAUCGCGAGUCAACUCUUUACUCGCCAGUCCACUUCACGGGUGACCUCUUCAGCCCCAUGUCACGCGCGGCGGACGUACAAACGACGAGUGUCGUACCCCCAGCUGCGGUGGUGGCGGAGGUGGGCGGCAGUGCAGCUGGCUUUGAACGGAGCACCCGCCCCUCUGUGCAGCACAUCGGUCGUCCGUACGAUGUGAGCUCGUUUCACGACAAGGUCAAUCUGCUCCGUCGUGGGGCGGUGCCAAGCCCGGCGAUUGCGCAGCUUGGCCUCACCUUCAGCGUGCCGGACGGCCAACGUGUUGUCGAGCUGGUCAACGAUGGCAUGCAGGUGGAUGUGACCGCUGCCAAUGUAGGCGAGUUUCUGCGUCUGCUGGACAACUAUCCAAGAGCUCAGGCUCCGUCUGGCCGGGUUCACCGCACAAACAGUGUGCGGAAGAUCGACGUAGGCCGGAUCAUUCCGGAUGUCCCUCCCGCCUUCAGUCCAUCACACUUCUCACACGGCCUCUUCGCUCCGUACCAGGCGUCGACCUCAUCAGUGUACGUAGACUACGACAAGUCGGAGGGGAUGCUGCCGCGCUACCUCAAGGAGCAUCACGUGAACCCUACCGAUACUCGUGGUCUGUACGUGAGUGCCGCACGCUCUUCUGACUAUGCCACCUUAGAGCGCAUCGUGCAGGAGGUGAAGGUGAAUCCCUCUGCCUUGAUCAAGUACGGUGUUACCUUCAGUGUGCCGAGCUCGCUAGAGCCGUACUCCACCUCAGAGGAGCGCCGCAGUGGCCUUCACGCCCUAUUCCCUUCCUCCGCUUUGCAGCCGGUGCAGCCGGAAGAUCGCUUUCACUUUCUUUCUCUUGCUCGUCAGUACUAUCCCAACGUCCUGUGA